AUGUGCAAGUCUGGCUCAAAUGCAUUGCACUACACUCUCUAAUAACUAUCAAUAGGAAUAGUUUGGGGGAAAGGCGGAAUGACGAAACGUAAACAAUAAAAAUGUCAUUACGCAGAAUUUACCCCGGAAGAGAAAAAUAUUCGAAUUUAUGACCCGGAAGAUAAUCAUGUGUUCCACGUCAAAACUGGGUUUAGACAACGCGGCAUAGAAAACGUGUGUAGCGAGCCUAGAGAGUGAGUGUUUGUGGCUCAGUUUUGUCUUUACAAAGGCAAUGGAAACUUGAAUCUUCUAGAAAUAAGAUAGUUGCGUUUUUUGUUAAAGUUACUCCGUUGUUUUUUAAGGAGCAAUAUUUCUUAUUUUGCUAAGAAAACUUAAUCCAAAAUGCCUGUGUCAGCUGAUGAGCUUAUUAGACUCCUGUCUGUUUUAGCAGAAGAGGAGAACCUCAGAGUGACAGUAAAGGAGACUAUGAAAGCAGGAGUGAUGGCAGGAACUGGAGCAACAAUUGGCGGUCUGAUGGGCGGACCUCUAGGGAUCGCUGUUGGAAGCAUGCUGGGAGCUGGUUAUGCCAAGUGGAAAAUUGGCGGAAAGACAAGAUCAGUUUCAGAGGUGCUCACCGAACUAGAUUCAGACAAACGCGCAGAUGUACACAAAUCCUUUCAAGAUAUUCUGGACCAGUAUCCCGGCGAAGACUUCUCCAGCUUAAUGCGCCAGCUAUCUGAAGACGGAGAACUACGAGCUAAGCUUUCGGAAAGGACAAAAAAAUAUGUUACAGAGGAUCUGAAGUUGACAAUACAGGAGAGCCAUAAACAACGAGGCAAAGCUGAGUAGUAAUAUAGAAUGAAAAUAAUUGAGGAAAUACGAAGCGGUACAUUAUAUUUGAAAGGCUUUCCUAUUUUUAAAUAUAAUCAAACUAUUUGCACGAUUCUACAGAAAAUAGAACAACAAAACAAAAAACAGCAAGAAAUUAACGGUACAGUACACAGUGUUUUAUUGCAAGUGGUGAAAUAAAGCAUACUUUCUAUGUUCAGCAACAAAUGUUGAGAAACAAGCAAUGUUGAUAAACAAAUUCUGAGACACAAAUGUUGAGCAGCAAUGUGUAAAACAGAAGUUGAGUAGAUAAUAUUGGGUAGUUAAGGUUGAGCAACAAAUACUGAGUAACAAAUAUUCAGCAAAAGUUGAUCAAUGAAUGCUAAACAAAAAUUGCCAAGCAACAAAUUCUGAGCAACAAAAUGCCAAGUAACAUGUUGAGUAACAAAUAAUAAGACAUAAUAUGCUAUUUUGAUACACUAAUGUUGAGCAACUUAUUUUGUAGAAUAUGGUGUGUAAACAAUAAUUGCUGUAAAAUAUUUGGGCAGCAAAUGUUGCAGGAUGUGUUUAGUAACAAAUGAGCAUCUAUAAUUCAGUUUAUAUAUGCCAUCGCGUGGCAAUACAUGACCAAAUAUUUAACGGGAGUGUUUAUGGAUAUUGUGCAUGUUUGGUGGAAUGAUGUUAAGCAACACAUAUUGAGAAUCAGAUGUUGUAGAAACAUUUGUUGUUGAGCCACAAUAUUGUACAAGAUACAGUAAGCAGAGUGCACAAGCAAGUCAGUCUUUUCCUCCGUCUGCUUUCAUCUUGUUGCACACUUGAUUAGAUCCAAACAUUGAGAGGGUUACAAACAUGCUUAGCAGUAUCAUAACACAUCUUUUAAUGUUUGUUUAGAAUACUAUGAAACAUAAUUUUUCAAAAUGCAUAAUGAUAAUAAUUAUUAUAAAUGUUAAUAUUUCUUAUGGUGCUUAUUCAGUAGUAUGUAGGGUUUGUCUGAUUUGAUGUACAGUAUUGCUUUUAUUUCUGUUUAUCUUAUAUAACCAAUUAACGUUGUUUGUUUGAAUUGAAUUAAGUAUUCCUGUUAUAUAAUAUUUUUUUUCAUUUUUAGAAUUAUGGAUUUUAUUAGAAAACACUCCUCUCAUAAAUCCCUGAAUAAGACCAAAAACAAUUGCAAAACCCUCUGUCCACACUAUCAAAUUUUAUUUGACAAAAACCUCUUGUAUGCCCAUAUAUAGUCAUGAUGUGCCCAUAUAUAGUCUUGAUGUGCCUAUAUAUGGUCAUGAUGUGCCCAUAUAUAGUCAUGAUGUGCCUAUAUAUGGUCAUGAUGUGAUGUCAUCAUGACCAUAUUUGGGCAUGUCACACAUUUUUGUCAAAUAAACGUUGAUAUAGUAGUCUGGACAGGACUUAAAGAAAGAUAACUGUGAUGCCAAAGUUGAUGAUAGUUAUUUAGAAGACGAUUGACCAUAGUCAGAGUAAUAACAGAUAAUAAAACUGAUAGAUAAGAGACGUAGAUGAAAAUAUAGUUUGUAUGAGAUGUUGCCAAUUGAGCCGAUUCAAGGAAUGUUUAAACAAGUAAAAUUUGUUAAUGAGGAGUUAAAAAGAAGACGGUGGAUUUUUAAAUAGAAGUCAAUAAAUAGAAUCACGUUAAUUUGAUUAAUCCCAGCAAUAUUCAUUAAUCAUUAUAGAAUUAGCCCUUAGAUAGAAUCAACUUUUAUAACAAUAGAAAUAGCACUUAAUAUUACAGUAUGUAGAAUCAACCUUAAUAUAAAAGAAUUUCCGUUUAAUCUUGAUAAAAUCCCCUCUUAAUAUUGAUGGAAUCCUCAUCCAAUAUUGAUAAAAUCAGUGGGUGCAAGAAAGCUUGGAUACUGUAUACUGUAGACACCACCUUAUCUUAGUAGAAUCACAGCUUAAUCUUUAUAGAAUCAGCCCUUUUUCUUAAUAAAAUCAUCCCUUACUCUUAAUAGAAUCAGCCCUUAAUCGUGAUAGAAGAUUAAGUAGAAGCACCUCUACUGCAAUGUUGAUAGAAACACCUAUUCCCAGGUGUAUCUUGCUAAUGCUCGCCCUUUUGUGCCAUUCUUGUGGCUUGCACGAUCUGCCGUUGCAGGCAAAAGCUCCUACCGUCCUACCCGCAUUUACAAUACAUUGUACUUUAAAAAGUUGUGCCUGUCUGUAUUUGUAUGUCAGUGGUGUUAUGUAGUGGGUGUGCAUUCCCCCAGUUCACCUGCCUCGACACAUCCCCAAUGUUGAAAGCAAAAAAAUGACACUCAAAUAGAUAAAAAGGUAGCGGGCGCUCCCUCGCUUAUUCAUCGAGCCCCCAAUCACCCUUCGUACCCGCACAGACCCUCCAUUUCAAGACUCUUAGAUGGGCCACAGCAGCAUGCUACAGAUUUCAGUGUAGCUUGAAGUUCUAUGCACACAUUAAUAACAGUUUAUUAUUACAAUAUUAUUAUUACUACUUAUGUUUCUUAUUGUCAAGGCUGGGACUUGAAUUAGGAACCACUUAACAUUUUAGCCAAGUAAAGCAUGAAACAUGUAAAAUGUUGAAUACUGUAUAAUUUUUAAUAGUUGCAUAUACAAUAUUCAACCCACAAAAAUUUCUAGAUGAUUUGCUAGAAUGAGCAAUCUAGUGUAGAACAAUACAUUAAGAUAAAUACCUAUACCUUACAUAGUGGAAAGCAACCAGGUAAAUUAUGUUUAAUAAAAUGAUAUACUGGUCUGUAGAUCCUCGAGAAUAAACCCACACCCCCCUCCCCCCCUACUUUAUGCCCAAUGUUAUGUACCAGAAUUUCCUCAGGCAAAAGCCCAGGGUAUGACUUUUACAAAUAAUAUUCUCAGAAAAAACAUCAAAUAUUGGCCUUGUAUUAGGCAUACAGUGCCGAAAAUUUCCAUUCCCACCCAAAUAUUGGCCCAAUUCUGUGUUCAAGUGGUGGGCUUUAAUAUACCAUAGGACCUACAGUAAAUUUGAAUCUGAAUAGCUUGGUAGUUAAGAUGCUUGUCUUCCAAUCCCAGGGUCCUCUGGAUUCAUCGAUCCAUAAUUAAAGCAUAAAUGAACUUGAUAAUUUUUUGAAUUUUGUUUUUACUGAAUGUUUUGAGGAUUUAUUUAGAUAGUAGGGAGCUUUUGAUUUGCGCGACUACGCGACUCUAGAACGGGUUCACUCAUGCGUGUCCGUCCUACAUUCUCUGCACAACGUAGAUAUGGUCAUAUUGCGUCCUAGAAUUCACAGGAGAAUGUGACGUUUUCGCAUGCACAGAUGAAAUAUUAGUCACGAUUCUACCGAUCGGAAGCUCCCUAGUAUUACACAGACACCACAGUGACCCCUGUAGUAGUUGAAACAAACUUAACUUUCCUUCUAAACUCCGCCCCUUGGAUAUUGUUGCUAUGGUCCCACAUAACAAUAGCGUAAAUGUACGUAAACAUGUGCAUUUGUGGGACGGCUUAUUCCUGCCCCUGUUCUGAUUGGUUAGUGUUGAUGUGACACACCGGGAAGUUCCAUUUCUCAACCCCUCCCUCCUCAAACUCAUUAUCGGGUCACCAUGAUCAUUAACACUUAAUUUUGCAAUAAUAAUUUAAAUAAGCAUACACUGCCCCCCCCCCCCAAACUCAUUACCUUAUCACCAUAAUCAAUACCACUUUCUUUUGCAGUACAGUAAUAGUUUAAAUAAACAUACCACUGUGUCCCCCCUCAAACUCAUUAUCUUAUCACCAUGAUCAAUACCACUUUCUUUUGCAGUAAUAGUUUAAAUAAACAUAUCACUGUCCCCCCUCAAACUCAUUAUUGUGUCACCAUGAUCAUUACCACCUUCUUUUGCAGUAAUAAUUUAAAUAAAUAUACCUCUGUUAUUAUCUUUUGCAGUAAUAAUGUAAAUAAACAUACCACUGUUGUUAUUAAUAUAUUCUUAACAUAUGAAAAGCUUGCUGGAAGCCAUCAUUCUUUGCCAGUAGGACAGCACUGUAUACUUUUUAAAAUUUAUUUUUUAUGAAUAUUUAUGUAUGCCAUUAGAUAAAAUGCUUGCUUGUCCUACUGUAGGUCGAUAGAUUUUAAUUUUACUUGACGUCUAGAUGUCCUCGUUUUGUUUUGUUUUGUUUUAGAUUUAUGAUUGUUUUUACAUUUAUACAUGCUUUUUUGUCAUUCCACACUGUAAUACAUUUAUUUAAUGGUCCUACAGUGCACCAGGUCAUUUAAAUAUGUUAGUAUAAAGUACAUCCAGGUUUAUUUAAUAUUAGGUGGUGCUUGUACAUUUAAAACUUGCCCAAGUCAACUUUGCCUUCUCGAAUAAUUUCUAAGUUGAUGUUCUUGUGUUUUCCAUUAACGAUAUGUAAUUCAAAUUUUACCUAAGACAGACAGUUUUUCAAUGCAAUUUUGGAUUCGACUUGGGCAAGUUCAACUGUAUUUACAACACAAAUGUAAUGUCAGUGUUCUCCCUAUUGAAACAUUUUUACUGGUAAAUUUUCCCUUUUUUUGUGGGGUUUGAAAAAGACCAGCCUAGACUACCUAGGCUUUAUCUGUUUUUUUUUUAAACUGGUAAAAUUGACGGCUUCAGGAGAACACUGAACGUACUAUACGGUAUUGCUACAUAACCUUUCCAGGCAUUCAUACGGGAGACUUUACUAUUUUCUGGUUUUAAUGUUAUUACUUCUUGCCAAGCCCUUACAAUUUUUCAUUUCACAUGGGUGGGUAAAUUAAGCAAUGGAAAAAAAAAAUGUUAACCAUCUACUACCUACAGUACACCAGAGAAGGUGUUUUUGGUAAAUUAAUAGACAGAAAUGUAGAAGAUACAACAUUGUAAAAACAUGCUUUAAAUUCAUUUACUGUAAUAAUCUUUUCAGUUCACUUUUAAAUAUUAUAUAUAAUACAUAUAAAAAAAGCAAUGCAAUUUGUUUAUUGCUAUAUUUCAGUCUAGUGGUUAAAUGACUGUAUUUCUGGUGGUAUUUUUAACCAUGUUAGUAAAAAACUUUAUGUUUGCCCAACACAACAAAAUUGCAAGAACCAUGGGUGCAUGGGUGUAGACUGGGGGAGAUGGAGGUAUUCUUAAUUUGUGCCCCCCCCCCAGCCGAAACAGACUACGCCCAGUGCUAAUUAAAACGAUAACAUAGUAGUUGUAUACAGGAUGGAGAUGUUGAAUUGUAUUCUUGGACUGUAUAAUCAGUUGUAUUCUCAAAUGUUCUAAUAUAGUUAAUUUGCGUGUUACAAUCAUGUAAUUGAUCCAAAAUUAUAUUUCAAGAAAAUGUGAA